AUGAGCUCGUGCGCGCGUGAGAGCACGGAGCCUGUUCCGCUGGUGUCAGUGGGGGCGAAUGGGUGCCUGACGGUGAGGCCGGAGGCGGGGCGGUUGAUAGAGGAGAUAGAGGGAGACAUUGGGGUGGUUUGCAUAGCUGGAUGCUACAGGACGGGGAAGAGUUACAUAAUGAAUCGGUUGCUGGGUCGACAGUCGGGGUUCGCGGUGGGUCCGACGGUGAAUCCGUGCACGAGGGGCGUGUACGUGUGGGGGAGUCCGAUAAGGGUGGCGACGAGGGGGGAGAGGCAGAUGUCGGUGAUAUUGGUGGACACGGAGGGGUUGGGGUCGGUGGAGAAGGCGCAGACGCACGACAUAAAGAUAUUUUCGUUGGCGGUGUUGAUGGCGUCGUACUUUGUGUACAAUUCGGUGGGGGUGAUAGACGAGAGGGCGUUGGACUCGUUGUCGCUGGUGACGAAUUUGGUGGAGUUGAUGAGUGCGAAGGCGUCGCCGAGGGGUCGGGAGGUGGGGUACUACUUCCCGGACUUUUUGUGGUUGUUGAGGGACUUCACGUUGCAGUUGAGGGACGAGGAGGGGAGGCCGAUGACGGCGGCGCAGUAUUUGGAGGGGGCGUUGAGGGAGAGGCCGGGGGAGCACGAGGGACAGAGGGGGAAGAACAGGAUAAGAGAGAGCAUCAAGAGGGCGUUUAGGAGGAGGGAUUGUUUUACGAUAGUGAGGCCGGUGGAGGACGAGUCGAAGUUGCAGUCGGUGGACGCGGUGGAGUACGGGGAGUUGCGUCCGGAGUUUCGGCGCCAGUGCGAGCAGUUGGUGAGGAAGGUGUUUGAGGAGGUGCGACCGAAGCAGGUUUACGGGAAGAACAUGACGGGGUCUGGGUUGGUGGAGAUGUUGAGGCGGUACGUGAAGGCGAUGAACACGGGUGGGAUACCGUCGAUAGAGUCGACGUGGGACAGCAUUUCGAUGUUGGAGAACCGGAAGGUGAUGGAGCAGGUGUUCCAGCAGUGGAAGAAGUCGAUGCAUGCGAAGCUGAGCGAGGCGAUGUCGGAGGAGAAGUUGGGCGAGUUGUACGAGAAGUCGAGGGCGGAGGCGAGGGAGAUGUUUGAGAGCGAGAGGUAUGCGGGGGGAGAGGAGACGGAGGCGUACAUGGAGGCGUUGCAGGGGAAGAUGAGGGUGCAGUACGAGGGGUUGGUGAAGCAGAAUCAGGAUCGGUCGGCGCAGGUACAAGUCGGUGGAGGCGUUGUUGGAGGCGUGGAAGAGAGAGGUGCAGGACGUGUAUUUUUCGAAGUUGAGUGGGGAGGUGGCGACGGGCGCGAUGUACAGGACCUACGUGGAGUUUUGCGGGAGCAAGUACGGGGAGGUGGUUGGGCGGUACGUGGGGAGGGUGGGGGAGUUGAGGAGGGAGUUGGAGGAGGCGAGGCGGCGAGCGAGAGGGGGGAGGAGGAGUUGGAGGGUCGGCGGGUGGCGCUGGAGGAGAAGGAGAGGGAGUUGAAGGGGGUGAGGGGGGAGUUGGAGGAGAGGAGGAGGGAGUUGGAGGAGAGGAGGAGGGAGUUGAAGGGGGUGAGGGGGGAGUUGGAGGAGAGGAGGAGGGAGUUGAAGGGGGUGAGGGGCGAGUUGGAAGGGGUGAGGGGCGAGUUGGAAGGGGUGAGGGGCGAGUUGGAAGGAGUGAGGGGCGAGUUGGAAGGAGUGAGGGGCGAGUUGGAAGGGGUGAGGGCGAGUUGGAGGAGGCGGUGA